AUGGGGUCCGCAUCCGAAUUUGAUCUCAAAAAUAUCCAGGGAGAUAUCUGGCCUGGCUUUACGAAAAGAUAUGAGCAGUUUUUCUUCUUCAAUAUCCAGGAUGCUGCGGCCUUCAGACCCGGACUGCGAGGCCUGGCAGAUGAUGUGAUUACUUCCUCCCACGAUGCCCUGGUCAACCGUGCAGCCAUACACAAGGUGAAGAAACCAGCAUCAAGUGAACCGGGCAUAGUCGGGAACCUUAUAAACCUGACGGGUAGCGUAAUUUCUGCCAUACACGACGCCCUCCCAGCCCAUCAUGAUAUCCCGAGGACUAAAGGACCAACCGACGAUGUGGGCCUGGCCCAGGUUAACAUAUCUUUUACGGUCAGGGGCAUGACCAAGCUGGGCAAAGGGAGGUUCAAAGACGACCCAUUCCUCAAGGGCAUGUUCGCAGAUAUGGUGGGUCAAGGUAGAGAUGAAGCCAAAGACUGGCUUCCCGAGUUCAAAGAUGGCUCUGUUGAUGGGGUGUUGCUGGUGUGUGGUACCGAACACGAAGUCAAGGAAAAAGUAAAAGAGCUGUCCCAGAAGUACCUGGGCCCGAGCCAAGGCGUUCGUCAUCUCUUGACCUUAGAUGGCAAAGAAAGGCCCGGAGACCAAAAGGGACAUGAGCACUUUGGGUUUUUGGACGGCAUUUCGCAGCCACUCAUCAAGGGCCUAGACGAUGAAACCAUAAAACUACCUGGAUCUCGCAAAGUCCCCACUCGUCCUGGAAUCAUCCUAUUCGGACACGACGGCGAGAUGGAAAAUGUUACACAGUUGAUGCAUCCUGAAUGGGCAAAGGACGGCAGCCUUUUUGUUGUUCGCAAGAUGAGACAAUUCGUGCCAGAGUUCAACAGUUUCUUAGAAUCACAGGCUCCACGUCUAAACUUCACUCCAGAGCAGUUGGCGGCUCGACUUCUGGGACGCUGGAAGAGUGGAGCACCUGUUGAACUGUGUCCCGAUGAGGAUAACAAUAAAUAUGCUACGUGGAACGACUUUGACUUCCCCUUGGAUAAUCAGCUCAAUUGCCCAUUUGCAUCACACGUGCGCAAGACCAAGGGUCGAGGUAUGAUGAAUGAUCGGGAUAUAUUUGACAUCAUGCGCCGCGGUAUCUCGUAUGGACCGGAGGUCGGUCCCGAAGAGAAGGAGAACUCCAAGACUGUAUUAGACCGCGGCCUUAUAUUCACCUGUUACCAGUCCAGCCUUUGCAAUGUCUUCCAGUUCAUUAAGAACCGCUGGAUCAAUCCUGAUACGUUUCCGGCCGAUAAGACUGAUUUCACUGAUGGUAUAAACCCUGGACAGGAUGUCAUUGUUGGCCAGUCAGUCAAGGGUGCCGUAGAAGAGGACGACAAACUCCUGUACACGUGCGUCUACGAUGGUAAUAAAGUGCACAAUAAGGUCACCUUUGAACCCUUCGUUCAGUCCAAUGGCGGUGAUUACUUUUUUACCCCAUCUCUGAAGCUUCUUGGUGAUCUUUCCGUGGCUCAAGCCGUUUAG